CGGUCCAAUCGGAAGCCAGCGAGGCCGGGUCACGGGGGCGGCCCAGGCCCGGGCCCGUCCGGGGUUCACCUGCUGCCCGGGGAGGGACGGGAGGUGCGGGCUGGCGGCGGCGUGAGGCGCGCUGCCCUCCGCUCCCCGGGGGUUCCCCGAGCGGGGCUCUGCGUUUUUUUUUUUUUUUUCAGGCUGUCAGGCAAACGCAGGUGCGCGUUUGGUCGUUUACAGACCGCUCUGUCUUAUUGUAAAAGGAAGAUAUAAAAUUCUUAAGUCGUUUCGGCUGUGCAUUUCCUCGUGAGGGCUGUGGCCUGGAAAGGCUGGUGUAGAGCCUGUCGGACAAGUCUGCCCAGGCACAGCGUGGCUUAAAUUAACAGCCUCACGUGUUGAUGCCGUCCUGCCUUCCCGGCAGAAACAAGGACAAUUUGGAAAGGAUUUCGUUAAUUAAAAGUUGCUCAUACAAGAUCAAGCGCUGCAGCUUUUUGCAAAAAAACGUGCUGUAGAGGAAGGUUGUUGGAUCAACAGUUACCUUUUUUCUGAACAAGCUGAACGCUGAGUUGCAAAAGUUGGUAAUUCUGCUGUCGAUGAAGUGACUGCCAGGCAGCCGUCACCAACUGGGUGCUGCUCUGAGAGCAUGCUCAUGCGAACAUGCUCGUGUUUGUAAAAUGGCUUUUCAUACAGAAUGUCCUCUGUCACUGUUCCCUUUAGGAACAAUUACAGACAACAAAGAUGGGGAAGAAACGCAUCAAAGGCAAAACUGCACAGUCUGAUGAGUCUCCAGAUAUACCGAAACCUGUGUGCAAGCAUAUUCGUAAAGGACUGGACCAAGGGCAUGUGAGAAAGGCACUGCAGAAUGUGGAAUGGCGUGUUUGUCAGGACUGCAAGGCAGACAGUAAGACACAAGAGAAGGCUGAGGAGGAGGAGGAGGAGACUGAAGGCACUUCGAUAUGGUUAUGCCUAAAAUGUGGCCAUAGGGGCUGUGACAGAAGUUCUCCAGACCAGCAUGCUUUAAAGCAUUAUAAAACACCAAGAUCAGAUCCCCACUCUUUGGUUCUCAGUUUGGACAACUGGAGUGUGUGGUGCUACCCAUGUGAUAAUGAAGUUCCUUAUAAAACUUCAACACUUUUGGGCCAGACUGUGGAUUUUGUUAGAAAACAAGUUGGUAUUGACUCAUUACAUGCAGCAGAAAAACAAGAGAACAAAAAAGUUGAAAAUAAAAAAGUAGAAAAAGACAGCAAAAAUGAGCAAGAAAAAGAAGAUUCACAAAAAGAAGAAAAUUCUCAUUCAACUGCUAAUGGAGAAGUCACUGUGAAAGGACUUAGUAACUUGGGGAAUACAUGUUUCUUUAAUGCAGUGAUGCAGAAUUUAUCACAAACUCCAGUCCUGAGAGAGCUGCUUAAAGAAGCUAAAAUGCCUGGCACAACAAUUAAAAUUGAGUCACCUGAGCUAUGCACGCUCUGUUGCUUUUCUUUCAAACAGGAACCUCAGCUAAUAAAACUAGAUCAGCCAGGUCCUUUAACACUAGCCAUGCAUCAGUUUGUGACAGAAAUGCAAGAGACAAAAAAAGGGGUAGUGACUCCUAAGGAACUUUUUGCUCAGGUUUGUAAAAAAGCAAUACGGUUCAAAGGUUAUCAGCAGCAAGACAGUCAUGAAUUGCUUCGUUAUUUACUUGAUGGAAUGAGAGCAGAAGAAAUCCAGCAAAUAAGUGUUGGAAUACUAAAGGCGCUGAGUGACUCUAACAAACAAAAUGAAGAAGAACUUAAAAAGAAAAUUAAAGAAUAUGAAAAGAAAAAGGGAAUACAAAGUUUUGUAGAUCGAAUCUUUGGUGGAGAAUUAACCAGCACAAUUAUGUGUGAAGAAUGCAGAACUGUAUCCUUGGUCCAUGAGUCCUUCCUUGAUUUGUCGCUUCCCGUACUAGAUGUUCAGAAAGUGAAAAUUACAAAGAGAGAAAGCAUUAAAAAAAACAAAGAAAAGGAAUCUGAAGAUGAAGAGGACAAAAUCAAUGACCAUUACCUUAAGCAGAAAUAUGAACCCCCUGGUAUGAGUAAACACCUUCAGAAAAAAAUGAAGAAACAGACCAAAAAACAAGCCAAGAGCCAACGCCAGCAGCAAAAGCUUCAAGGAAAGGUGCCUCACUUGACAUAUCUCUGCACAAUGGAACAGCCAGAGAGAGAUGUCGAGUACAACCAAGAAUCAGAUACUGAAAUGAGCUCUGAAACUCCUGAUAAGAAGCAAGAAGAGGAAUCAUCACAUGAUUGUGAAGAUCACUGCUUAACUCAAAAAGACUUGAGUAUACAGGGAAAUAGUUCAGAAAUUCAGAGCAGGCAUGAAAAUGCAGGGAAGCCAGAACAAGAGUUCGAAGAAAAGGAGUCUGUCACGGAUCUCUCUAUGGAAGGCUUAGAUUCUCCUGUGAAGUUUGUCAAUGGCCUUGAUGACCUGUCUUUGAAAGAGGAGGAUGAUGACAACGAAGAUGAGGAAGAGCUUGCUACGGACUUUUCAAAACUCCACUUGAAUGCCAGUGAAUCUGACACAAGUACCUUGGAUGGCCUUCAGCCUGAUGCUAACAAGACAUGCGAAGUAUCUACCGAUGACCCCGAAACGGCAUUUUGUACUCUGGCAAACAGGGAAGAGCUGAACCCUCAGGAAGAUUCAAUCCAUCAUUGUUUGUAUCAAUUUACCCGUAACGAAACACUUACCGAGACCAAUAAACUACUGUGUGACGUGUGUACACAAAGGCAUUGUGGACCAAAGAACAACAUAAAAAGUGAAAAGAAGUAUGUUUAUACUAAUGCCAAAAAGCAGAUGCUCAUCUCUCUAGCUCCUCCAAUUUUAACCCUUCACUUAAAGAGGUUUCAGCACGCUGGAUUUAAUCUGCAGAAGGUUAACAGGCAUAUCAAGUUCCCAGAGGUGAUAGACUUGGCUCCUUUCUGUACAGCUAAAUGUAAAAAUGUGGCUGAAGGGAAUACAAAGGUCUUGUACUCUCUCUAUGGAGUUGUUGAACACAGCGGAACAAUGAGGUCUGGGCACUACACUGCCUAUGUUAAAAUGAGAGCUAUGAACAACCACCUCUCUGAUCUUGUCCUUCGAGGACAAUCUCAAGCUUCAGAAACUGAGCCAGUCAAAGGUCAGUGGUUCCACAUCAGUGAUACCCAUGUACAACCUGUCUCUGUGUCCAAAGUGCUGAGCUCCCAAGCCUAUCUUCUGUUCUAUGAGAGGCUGCUCUAACUCAUCAGAAGAGCCUUCUUGUGUGUGCAGCCACCUUCUUCGGAGGUCUGAGAAGGCAGACUUGCAAAUCAUGUUGUUAACAUGUUGGAGCUACUGUUAUAGCAGGAAUUCACUUUAUGUAUUUUAGACACAGACAAGCAGUUAACUUAUACUUUUUCCAGUGUUUCCACUACUUUUCAAUAAAAGGUUUUUUUCAAAAUUA